AUGGGCCAAAGGGUUGUGGAUGUCAAGGCAGGGAAGGAGAGUGGGAGAGAGUUAGGAGCGUGUGGGCAAGGGCAAGGAGGAGCAGGGGUGAGUCAAGGGCAGGCAAGCGGAUCCAAAGGAAUAAGGAACUCUAGAACGAGUUUGCGAAAGGACAAGGAGGGAGCAGUAGCAGCGGGAAGCGGACAGAAGUUAUCGAAUAAAGCCAAGGCAGCAGCAGCAGCAGCAGGAGGAGGUGCAGGGGGGGGCGGUGGAGAGGGAGGUGCUGUAGUGGUGAGCAGGCGGAGGCGCUUGAGACAGGUGUUCUGUAUGGAUGCCCCUUCUGUCGCCCACGGCUGGUGCAGUGAUGGUGAGGACGUGGGAGCAGAGUCAGACGGUGGGCUGUCUGCGGGAGACGAGGAUGGGGAGGGCGGAGAUGAUGGUGCUGCUGCUUCUCGUCUGGGAUUCACCCAGCAUAACCAUCGUCCCAAUCAGCAGCAGCAGCAGCAGCAGCAGCAAAGGGACAUAGGUGCGGUAACCGUAACUCGUACGACAGGUGGGGCAGAGAGCAGGAGGCGUCCAUCCACCGCCCCCCACGUGGAGCACCAGUUGCGCCGUGUAUACUCCCAACACACCCCAGACUCCUCUUCUGCUGCUCACUCUGCUGCGCAAUCUGCUGCACCAUCCACCUCCUCGUCUCCUAUUAAAGGCUCUACGGCCGCCAAGGCAAGGCGUGUCCCGUGUCAAGAAGCAGAUUCGGUUGCUCCUGAGCGAGAGAAGCUCCGGAGGGUCAAGUCCCAGCAGCAUGGGGGGGAGGCGAUCGAAGUGGUUCGUCGGAACUCCACGGGCCUCGGCGCUCCAGCCUCUGCUGUCCGCCUGCCCCGCUCGCUGACAGCCCACCAGCCCCCGAGCCGGUUUGACGAACCUCAGUGCAUGGGACAGAAGGCGGGUGGGGUGUCGACCUGGUUACCGCGUUCGCUCACUCAGCAGCCGUCGCAACCUCAAUCCGACGGCUCACACGCAGUCCCUGUAGGUGCUGUCUUGUCGAGAUCGUUUAAGUCCUCCCGUUCUGCAGAUGGCUCUGCCAAGCUCCGGCGUGCCAAGUCCCAGCAGUCCAACCCUGAGGUGGUGGCACAGCGGCAGCAGCAGGAGGAGGAGGAAAAGGAAGAAGAGGAGGAAGCAGCAGCAGCUGGGCCUGACUCCCACCCAAGGGACCAUGUGCUAGGCAGGGAUUACUCCGAUAUAGCAGCCUCGUUUAUGAUUAUAAAGAAGGAGGUGCUGGGGCAGGGCGAGCUGGGCGUGGUGAGGAGAUGUGUGGAGGUAGCAUCUGGCGAGGUGUACGCAUGCAAGACAGUGGAGAAGAAGGGGAUUCGCACCAGGGAGGAUGCGGACGAUGUGAGGCGCAUGCUGGCAUGCCUGCAGGCAGUUAGGGGCCAUGGGAACGUGCUGACGCUCAAGGCUGUGUUUGAAGAUGCCGAGAACAUCCACGUCGUCACAGAUCUCUGUGCGGGCGGCGAGCUCUUCGACUUGAUUCGGCGGAAUGGGUGGCAGAGCGAGGGCGUGUGUGCGUGGGUGUGCAAGGGAGUGGCUGCAGCACUGCAACACUGCCACGGGCAGGGCAUCAUUCACCGCGGCGUCAAGCCCGAGAACAUCCUCCUGCUGCACACACGCCCCAACCCCCCCGUCAAGCUUGCCGACUUUGGGGUGGCUGCUGCGUUCAAGCAAGGGUCUAUAUCAUGUGCUCUUUCUUUUUCCCUGUUCCCCUCCCAUUCCUCCUCUUGCUCUCUCCUUCCCCCGCCAUCACCACCAGCUGCGCCCCUGAGUGAGAUGAUGGGUGUGCCCCUGAGUGACAUCGUGGGCACACGAGAGUACAUGGCACCAGAAGUCAUCAGUGGCUGCUACGGCCCCGAAGCCGACAUCUGGAGCGCCGGAGUCGUGCUCUACAUCAUGCUCUGCGGUGCGCCGCCCUUCCGGCCCUCGGCCAAUCACCGUGUGACAGAUGUGAUCCUCAAGAAGCCCGUGUCGCUGGGUUCGGCGCGGUGGAAGGGGGUAUCGGAGGAGGCAAAGGACCUCGUGCUGCGCAUGCUGGAGAGAUCCCCUGCCAGGCGACUCACGGCCAGCCAAGUGCUAGAAAGAAAGCCGGCGAGUACGUCCGCAUCCUCGUCUAAGUCAACUUCAGCCGAAGGGAAGACCAAAUCUCAGGGAAAGGGAGGGAAGCUGCCUUUGGAACAAAUACGGCGUGUCGUUGAUGACCCUGAAGUAUCAGCGGAUGAGAAGAUUAAGAUACUGCAUUCUAAGAUUAUGGCGCAGGCACGGGAAGCUAAGGCUGGCGAUAAGGAGAGCGCAGCUUUGCUGAAGAAGAUUGAUCAACUAACAAGGGAACGCGACUCUGUGAUGGCCGAAAUGAGGAAGUCUGCCACGCUUCGUGGCAAAUUGGAGACCUUGUGCCGUGAACUCCAGAAGCAAAACAAGACCAUAUUGGAAGAAAGCAAGAAGGCUGCAAACGAGCAGCAGCAGAAACGAGAGGAGUUAUCAUCUAAAUUCCUCGACUCUAUCAAGGACAUCGAACUCAGAUUGGAAGAGCAGGGAGCUGAAAGAUCAAGCCACCUUAAGGAAAAUCACAUCAAGGCAAGAGGCGAACAGGUCAUUGAUCUUCUCAAGUCAGAAAAAGAGCUGAGGGGCCAGCUGGCGUUAUACAUUGAUAAGUUUGAUCAAUUCCAGGGUACUUUGUCCAAGAGCAACGAACGAGCGGCACAGCGCAAGCAGCUUGAGACGCUGCAGGCUCAGAAGCAGAAGCUGGAGGGCUUGUGCCGGUUAUUGCAGGCAGAAAGGAAGAAGUGGCAUGAACAGGCCCAGGAACAGCAGCGGCAUGAGCAAGAGAGUGUGAGCGUGGAGGAACCUACCACCGCUGAUGCAGUUGAUUCCACAGACAAGUCCGCAGAUGCAGUUACAGCAGGAGCAACAAGUGAAAGUGGCGAGAGUAAUGGCUCUGACACACAGCAGGCAUCAACGGACGUGCAGCCUUCAGCUGUUGCCGACGGUGGUGCAGCCAUACCAGCUUGA